UGCAGCAGCAGCGAGGAGACAGGACGGACAGGACACAGAUUCUGCCGAAGCGUAAGGAUUCACUGCAACUGGCCAGACAUGAGAACAGUGGUGUGAGUCCAUCUGUGUGUUGGGUUUUUUUUUUUUUUUUUCCAGAGCCUGAAUUGGAAUAAACUGAAAAAGAGAUGAUUGAGCUGGGUCUCGCUGAUGGAAGCCUGAUCGAUGAGCUGAUGGAGCUGACGGCUCAGAGCCUGAGUCACCUGGAGAUCCAGGAGCGAUUCAACAUCAUCAAGGAGAUCGGCCGCGGGAAAUAUGGCAAAGUGCUGCUGGUCACGCAUCGGUUCAGGGGGACGCCCAUGGCCUUGAAAGUGAUGCCCAAAGCCUCCACUAAGCUGCAGGGCUUCCUCAGAGAAUACUGUAUCUCCUUACACUUGUCCUGCCACCCCUGCAUCGUGGGCCUCUUCGGCAUCGCCUUCCAGUCUAACGAGCACUACUGCUUUGCCCAGGAGCUUGUCAUCGGCAGGGACUUGUUUGCUGUCAUUCAGCCAAAGGUGGGCAUCCCAGAGUCGUCUGUUAAACGUUGCGUUCUCCAAAUUGCCAGUGCCUUGGAGUUCAUCCACAGCCACAGCCUGGUCCACAGAGACGUCAAACCGGAGAACAUCCUCCUUCUGGACAACCACUGCUGUCAGGUCAAGCUGGCAGACUUCGGUCUGGCUCAGAAGAGGGGCACUUUAAUCCGCUUCAUCACAGGAACCCUGCCCUACAUGGCCCCUGAACUCUGCACCGUGGCCCUGCUGGAGGGCGAGAAGGAAGUGAGCGCCCCCCCGCUGAGCGUGGAGCCCAGCCUGGACACCUGGGCCUUCGGGGUGGUCAUCUUCUGCAUUCUGACGGGGUACUUCCCCUGGGAGCGCUGCAUGGAUUCGGAUGACUUUUACCAGGAGUUUGCCGACUGGUGCGGUGCAGAGGACAGGCCUGACGCCGAGGAGGACGUCCCACCUUUGUGGAAAAGGUUCACCCCUGACGCCAUGGAGAUGUUUAGUAAGCUCCUGGCUCUGGAUGCGGGAAAGAGGAGUACGGUGGGAGAGGUGAGAGCAUAUGUGGACAAGGACUGGCUAAAGAAGGGACAUGGAGCUGGGCAGCAGCAAGCAGAAGAGAAAGAACAAGUCAGCAUGUCCAGUUCAUGUACCAGGAGUAACCCCGGGCACUGACUGGGGCUCUGUCAUAUUUGGCUUCUAGAUAGUUUGUACAGCAUGUAAAAUAUAUACUCUAUUAUAUACUAUACUGUAUUAAAGAUGUGUGUAAUUUGCAGUGACAAAACAUAUGUGACUUAAUCUUAUACAUUAUGUUUUACUGUUAGUUUUUAAUAAUAUAUAUAUAUAUAUAGUAACAGAAACAAAGACUCCAAAGAGGCUUAAUAUGAAAAUUAUCUAUUAAGACACAGUCUACAUGUUUUUACAUUAAAUAUAUAUUUUU